CAGAUGGAAUUUUGUUUUACGACGUCUAUGGCAGGGUUCUUCCUGUGAUGACGUGGCUAACGUAGGAACAAGCUGAAACUGGACCGCAGCAGUACGUAGUAGAAGUAUAGCUACAGACUUUAGAAGGACUCCCGCUCUCUAAACCCGGUGUCUGUAUCUGAAAAAAAAAAGUAUCUGUUACUAAACUCAACCUUCUAGUCACCAGGAUUAAACUGUCUUUUCAAUAUGGAGCUAUAUCAACAAGCCACACUUUUCCCACAAGAGUCUUUCGACCCUGUAGCUGAUGCUGCUACAUUAAAAGAAUGCAUGGAAGGACUAGGAACUGAUGAAAAACCUAUGAUUGAGAUUUUGGGGCAUCGUACCAAUGCUGAAAGACAAAAUAUAGCUCUUUCCUAUAAGACUCAGUUUGGACAAGAUCUAAUUGAUGAUCUUAAAAGUGAAUUAAGUGGACAUUUCGAAGAUGCUUUGGUAGCAUUAAUGACUCCUGUUGCUGACUUCCUUGCCUCUGAAUUAAAUAAAGCUUUGUCAGGACUUGGGACCAAGGAAGACACAUUGGUAGAAAUAUUGUGUACAAGAAGGAAUGAAGAAAUUAAAGCUAUUACUGAAGCAUAUGAAAGAUUGUAUGAGAGAAGUUUGGAAGAUGAUCUGAAGAGUGAUACAUCAGGAGAUUUUCAAAGACUCAUGGUUUCCAUGACAGUGGCUGGGCGAGAAGAAGGACCAGCAGAUCCAGACCAAGCUGUGACAGAUGCACAGGCCUUGAAAGAUGCUGGAAUUGACCAGUGGGGAACAGAUGAGUCUACUUUCAACUCUAUAUUCUGUUUACGUAGCUACCAACAUCUUCGUAGGGUAUUCUGGGAAUAUGAAAAGCUUGCUGGUGUGACUAUUGUAGAAAGUAUAAGUAGUGAAAUGUCUGGAGAUCUGAAAGCUGGAAUGCUUGCAAUUGCAAAAAGUAUCGAAAAUUGUCCAGCUUAUUUUGCAGAAAAACUUCACCGAGCUAUGAAGGGUUUUGGUACAGAUGAUAAAGCUCUCAUUCGAAUUGUCACUUCACGUUGUGAAAUUGAUAUGGUUCAGAUAAAACAGGAGUACCAAAAAUUGUAUGAAAAAACACUGGAAGAAGCAAUCAUUGGUGACACUUCUGGGGACUACCGAAGACUACUGGUCACUCUUGUUGAAGAUGCCUAAAAGUUUAUUGAAGAUUAUUUCAGCCUACAAUUCUGGAGUAAACUUACAAAAUUUGCCCAUUUUCUUGUCAAUGAAUGUUUCUUUAUUACUCUUUCUUUAUAAAUCAUAGUUCUUUUUCUUUAAAAUUAAGACAUUGUAUAACUUAAACAAUAUUAUUCAAGUUUGUAGCAAGGUGAUGUAUUUUAUAUUUGAUUUUCUUGUUGUUAAGACCAUUUACAUCUUUUAGAUAAACAUCAACAGAUAUCUUGUAUGCUUUGACUUGUUGAAAAAUGUAAAAAGUGGUCUCCUUAUAAAUCAAACAAGUUCUUGCCAAUAUUAGAGUUGUGACUGAAAUAGUUAGAACUUUCAUUAUAUUUUUUAGCAAAUGUACUAGUAAUAAAAAAACUUAGAAGAUGCAUCUCUGUUUCAGAUCCAAUUUA